UUAAAACGACACAAUUUCACCGUAACAGCACAACUCGUGCCGUCAUUGAAGCCACGUCACUUGGAAGCUUGGAAGAAUUACUCUGACGCAUGCGUGCAGCGCUUUAAUAUCACAGGCGGUAUUCGAACGUGAAUUUAACGAAAGAUGCAAGCUAAAUGUAAAGAGAACAAUAAAUGUGUCUAAGUACAUUGACAACCUUACAAUGCAAUUAUUUUUAUUUUAUGGAAUUGCGAAGUUCCAAACUUAACAGAAAUGUAUAUAGAAACUAAGGAGAAUCGUGAUAUAAUUUGUCAAGUACAUCGAUAAGAUAGCAUUUAUUUCCAAAUAAAUGUGAAGAUUUACAUCGAAAUGUACAUGCACGUGGCAAGUUUGAAAGCGUGCACAAAAAACUAAUCAUGUUUUGUGACAAAGAAAUGGUAGGGACUCAUUCAACCAAUCAGCCACAAAGUGAUAACGACCGAUUCUGAAUAGAGUAGAGCAGGCUGAGUGUUUACCGUCCUUAGUCAUUAUUUACUAUCAUCUAUUAUGCGCUACGACUUAUGCUGUGACGUGAAGUAGCAAAUUUAAGCUUUAUACGAGUCAGGAAGUCGGUAUUCCAGCGUACGCGUUACGAUACGAUAUCUGUUUGAGUCUCCAUGUCACGUACAUUGCGAGUGUUGAUCCACGGUUAACCUCUGAGACAGUGUAUAAUAUCCCGUAAAAAUGGAUAAAAGCAGGUUAGACGCGUCGAGGUUAGAGAAUCGUGAGGAUGUUACUAGUCAUUCCAAGAAGAACAAAAAACGAUUCAGUAAGAAAAGCAGUAUGCUUAACUCGUGGAUGAACAACAUACAAAACAAUCAAAAUAACGAUAUAGUACCUGGAAUGGAGUAUCCACAUUUAUUGUGGCAGUCUAACAUGCCGCAAAACUUUCAGAACAAUGGACAACGUCUCUUUACAACAACAUCUGACCCUAGCAUGUGUGGUUAUACGCAGAUGCCUAUGACAUAUACCAUGGAGCCUGUUUCACUACCAACCAUGUAUAGACUGUAUCAGCCGGUGCCAGUCUCUGGUAUAAGAGCCGUUCACAGUAGACCUCGACGACAUUGUAAUCAAAAUCAACCAUUGAACUUGAAUAUGAAUUCUAUGGCAAAUGGUUACACGAGUUUACAAGAAAAUGGGGGAGGAUCUCCUGUCCCUCCUAACUAUCAGAAUGGAGAUUACGCGAGUUUGCCACCUACCGCUAAUAAGAAUAACGGAAUAAACGGAGAUGAGGUAAAUUCGGAGCAUCGGAGGUAUUCAGACCCUGGCCUUGGGUCUGCAGAAGCACCGGUACAGAGUCAGAGCGAAGAUUCUGAUAGCGCUGACAGCGGUAGCUCCAUUACUACAGUUGGACGUAGCAAUAAGUUAGUUCUAUCCCUUAUUGAACAGAUGACAGAAUUGAAAAAGAGCAAUAAUCAACUGUUUAAAGAGUUAAACGAAACAAAGUCUGAAAUAGGUAGUAUGAAGACAAAAUUAGCAGUGUGUAGUUCUUCGGAUUAUCAACCAGGAAUGUUAUCAGAUUUUAUUCGCGAAAUCAGGCAAGCCAACAAAACAUACGAGGAGGUACUAGUUUCAAAAGUAAAAUUCAUGAUUGAGGAAAAGUUGAACCAAAGCUCGUUGGAGGUGGCAAAUUUAAACAAUCAAAUAAUGAAACUGACGGAGGAGAAAGAAGAAAGCGACAGGCGAAUAGCAAAACUGGAGGAAGAAGUUGCCAUGCUGAAGCUGAACGUAAACAACGAAGGCCGCGAGAUCGCCGCGUUCGAGGAAGAGACUCUGGCGCUGAGACGGGAGCUGCAGGAGGCCCGGGCGUCCAAGUGCCUGGCCGAGAAUCACGCGGCAAAGUGCGUAAACGCAAGAUCAGUCACGCCUGUCGCUACUUUCGAUACUACGCAAUCCUACGUAACCAGCACCCCCGUGCGUACCGCUCUAUCCGACACCUGUAGCCUGAUCCCCGCACCAUCGUCAUCGACAUCGUCGUUGUCCUCGAUAGUCCCGCAACACAUCACCUCGUUACUACGUUCCCGAACCGCGGACCUGGCUCAGCAUUUCAUCGUAGACAAGACGAACGUUUAUCGAACGGCUGAUUCUAGCAGUCCGACAACGUCCAUCAAUGCCUCGUGGUCGUUGGAUGAUCAGUGUCAGGUAUCUAGCAGCGGUAACCAGUCGCUGCUGAUAGUUACCUCUAGCAACAGUUCCGAACAACAUCGCACGGAUGCCAGUUUGGAGGAGAGCUCCAAUUUCUCUGCUUCCGAGCUCGCGUUAGAGAUCAGGAGUUCCGAUCAACGCGAGGAUCACGACCUUAUCCUCGUCGAACAUCGUUCGGACGAGAAUCCGAGCUCGAAGAAGACGAAAGACGAGGAUAUGGCGCGAGACGACGAGCCUAAAACAGAUUCGGCUACGACGAAGAGUCUUGCCGCGAUAUCCUCGAACGUGCAAGAGAGAAAGAUAAGAGAGUCGAAGAAGGAGGUGGAAUUGUCGCGUGGUCAUCAUCAGAGGGUAGGAUCGAAGAAGUCGAGGAAGAAGAAGGGUAGUUCGGUGUCGAAGAGAUCGUUCGUGGAAACGGACAAGGGUGGAACGGUCGCAGAGGGGAACGACAGUGGGACGAAAGACGUGCGGAGAACGGUGAGCGAGGACGAAGAUCGGAGUCGUCUGAACGGCGGCGACGACGACGUCGACGACGACGACGACGACGAAACGAGCCGAGCCAUCACCGAGAUCCCGGAAGUGACCGUAGUCGGUGGUGGCUCCUUCGUGCCGAAAGAUCUCUGCUCGACGGGAAUCCUGACCUCCAGAGUCCUGACAGCACCUUCACGCGCUACCUACACCACCGCCUACAUUUAGGCUACGUACGCGCGGGGCCCCUGCGAACCAAACGCGAACCAACGGUCGCCGUUGAGCGAGGGGGGCUUCAAGGGCUUGCUAGAGGCUACUACUAUGUACAUGUCGAAUAGCACGUAGGUCUAUCGUUGUACCACUCCUUUUCUCUCUGUGACUUUUUCUGUCUUUCUUCCUUUUUCUUCGUGGACACGCUUCGCGCUAUUCCUUCGGGCCCGACGAACGACCUUUCGCUUGGUUCGCUGUGUUUACGGAAUAUUUAAACGAAGGUAGUUUCAGCGGCUACCUUCGAGUCGAUAUUUUAGGUAUUUUGAGCGUAUGCUCCAGUUUAAGAACGAGCGACGAUUAAGAACAAAGAUUAAGAAGAAAAAUAUCGAUUUUAAAGAAGUAUUUUAUCAAGAUAUAUGUCGUAGGUUUUUAUCGUGGUAUUUCGGCGAUUUCGUCAAUUGUUUAUUCAGUUACUUGGACUAAGGGUUUUCUGUUCUAGCUUUUAAGAAAAUAUUUGUUACGAUCUUUACGGACCGAUUGUAUAAAAUGAUUGUUUUAUAGCUGGACAAAAUGUUUUAGAGCAUUAUUUCUAGUACUUUGUUGCCUUUUCUUCUAUUUUUAUCGUGUUCUUCUAGUUGUAUAAGAGAAAAGUAACACUCCUAAAGUAUGUAGUAUCAUUUCUAAUAUAAACGAACCGAUAUACCAGGAAUGAAACCUGCAACCAAGCGUAAGAUCGUUCGAAAAUAUUAAUAACUGUAUGUUUCCCUCGAUGGCUUUUGUUCGAAGUACGAGAAGAGUUAGAGUAUUUCGUAUUUCGAAAGAAAUCUGUCUCUGUCUAAUAAUUCGCGUAAAGUUAUUUAUCCAUUUUUGUAUUUUCACGAUCUGUCGAUUUUCACUUUUCUGUACUCUUCUUCUACUUACUUAUUGUACAGUUUUGAUGUGUCCGAAGUGAAAAUGAAAGAAACGAAUAGAUUUCCAAUAUUUUUAUCGACAUUAAAAUUUACAGUUGAAAAAUUCGCGAAAGAAGAAAUGCGGGGAAAACAGUUUCAGAGUUUGCAGAUUCUUUCACUUUCGCUUCGUAGCUGUAAUUAAUUAUACGAUAAGCGUGUGUACAUUUAAAUAACGUAAAUUACUAUGUUGGCAUGGCUUUUUUGCAGCUUGUCUAGCAUGCGUUUGAUUUCUCGAUUCUUUGUUUAUCAUUUUCAAUAUCGAGUGUACAUUGUCUUCCAAGCCUGUAUCAUAUUUUUAGUUUAAUUCCCCUUGAACUUUUCAACUGGUUCGAUUUUUGUCAAUUUAGAUCGAUCAUUUUUAAAUCAACUUAAAUCAGCGUUAGGUAUAAGUUUAGUAUUCUUAUAUAAUUUUUAUAAAAGUGAUUUUGAGAAUCUCUUACGUUUUUAUAUCGAUAUCGUAAAUAUUAUUUUAAGUAAUAUCCUCAAGUAAAUACGCUUUUCUUUUUAGACGUAAGUUCGAGACAAUCGACCCUGCUACGUAAUAAUUUUAAUAUCUUUACAUUUUAUAUAAAUAAUUAUGCAAUUAUGUUGUAUAUUUCAUUUUUAAUUUAAUAAGUUUCUAAGGAUUGUCGCGUAAUGUGAUUAGUAUUUUAUUAAAAAAAAAAAAAAAAAAACAAUUGGAAUGCAUCGGACAGAAAUUAAAGACGCUAAAAUAUUCUCUUGCUAUCUCGAAGAGAGAGACGAACAUGAAAUAGGCAUUGAUAUCGUUCGUGAUUUUUUUCAAUAAUUUUCAGUCUGCGAAAAAUAUCAGAAAAUGUUUGUCGAGACGUGCGAUUUUUCGUUUCGAUUCUACGCUGAAAUUUUCUCGUAAGCUACGGCAAGCUUUUCUGCUUGCCAAAACGAGAGUGAGACUGGAACAUAUAUAUACAUAAAAAUUGGAGGAUCGUAGCAGGGUUAAGACUGACUAAAUAGCAAGAGUAUAAUACGUAUUUCGACCUAUCGAACAGUGCCAGUUAAAAAGUUCCGACGAUACCCCCGAACAUGUUAACCUUGUUACACGUUUUCGAGCGUCAAUAUUUUCGAUGUUACGCAACUUCCCUUCCAGGAACGAAAAUAGAAAAAUAAAAUAAAAAAAAAAAAAGGAAAAAAAGGUAGGAAAAAUAAUGGUUUUCAUCGAUGGUCGAGGACGGGAUCGAAAGAAUCAACGUAUCAUUAUCGAUUAUACUCGUUGCAUCCACGUCGUUUCGCUCAAACAUCAUAAAAGUCCCGGUGUGUACAGUUUAAACAAGCAAAGUCAAUUUUUAUCUUUCGAUCUGUUCGUUCGGUGGAAAUAACGACCGCCACCGAUACACGUUUCUCCAUUUUUCUCUUCCUCUUACCCAUUCUUUCUCUUUUUUCUUCCCCUCUCUCGAUAUUCCUCUGCAAUUCUCUGUUUCGUUGCAUCGAGUUUGUACGCGGCAAUUUAAUAAAUGAUCAAAUAUUAUAUUAAUUUAAUGUUUUCAAGCCGGCGCUCGCGUUGCGUGUGGCGUGUGCGUGUGUGUGUUUGCGCGAGCGCGCACAAAAUUGAUAUUUUCUUUCUUCUACAAUUUCCACGGCAAACAGCCGCCGUAGAAUCCCCGUCAACAACGGCAAACAACAAAUUAAUUCGUUGUUUAAACAGUUCCAGAGGCCGGCUGUUUGUCGCUGGCAAACGCGUUUAACGCCACCGACAAGGAACGAUCCUGCUAAAUUCCAAAGGAACUUCUUAAUACAUAUAUUCCGAAUUUCCCUUAUUAUUUUUAUGUAUAAUGUAGUCUCUAUUUACCAUGCGAGAAGUAUCUUUUGCGAAAUGUCAUUUAGGACUUGUAGGGUGGAUGGCACUCUGUUCGCUGUUGAGACUGUUUGGCGAACAGAAGAUUGAAAAAUCAACUGUUCGUUCGAUGUUGGUAAUACGAGUGAUUUGCCUCGGCUCAUAUUUAUCUUACACGGAGACAAGAUAAUCUCGUCUUUUCAUUGUCGAUUCACUUUCUGUCAUGAGAGGAAUGGCGGAAAAUCUGUCAACAAUUUUUAGAUCUUAACGUUUGACGGAUUUCCAGGUCUCAGAAUUUAAACGUUUUACAAAUAUUUUACGUUCGCCAGUUUAUAAUUCCUCUACGGUGCUAUAAAAUAAUUGUUUUUCCUAUUAUAUUUCGCAAAAGUCAGUAGAUAGAAAUUCCGACGUCGAACGCUGUUUUUAAUCGCAACAGAGUUGAUUUUUCCAACCACGUUCGUCAAAUGAUCCGGUAGAAAUUAUCUGACGAACGCGAUGCGAAGCGGAAUCUUCUAAAUUAGGAAAUUUGAACGUUCGAAACGAGCAGAAACAAAUUUACGAAGGAACAUCUUUAAUCGAUUAUAUCAACGAGCGCCAUCCACCUGAAAAAUCCUGAUAGAAAGAUUUCACGUUGCAAACACCUUGUGUAUAUAUUCCUUCCAUAUCAAGCGUAUUCCACACUAUAUACAGUCCUCCAUACCUCAAAGACAACCCCGCAAGACGCCAAUGGACGAGGGUAAACCGCGAGUGACCGGUUUUGGUCGUGUGUAUUCUUUUUCUGUUCUUCUAGCUGGUAGCAUGGCUUUCAGCUGACCUCACUGUUGCUUUUGCCGCUUCUAAAGAGAGCAUUACAGAGAUUUCUUUGGGCCGAGUAGUGGAUGAUAGGCGAACGAACGCAUGUAACGUUCAUUGACUCGUGAUUUGUCAGACGGGAGAAGCUGCUGGACAUUCUGCGUAAUAAGAUGAUCGAUCCCGCCGACCAAGGGGGAACCAUUCCGAGCUUGGUGAACGUGAAACGCUCGAGGAACGCUUCCUCCUCGUCCGAGGAUCAAGAGGAUGACGAAGAGGAAG